AUGUCUGGACCUGAGGAAAGGGGUGGCAGAGGUGCUGGUGGCAGUGGAGAAGCUCAAGCUCAAGGCCAACCCCGUGAUUCAGCCAUGGCGCCCAUGCAACCAAGUCUUGGCCCACCUAGGGAUGAGCCUAGGGUGUUUGGGCUUGACAAGUUCAACGGUGACAACUUUGCUGAAUGGUCCUUCAAGAUGGAGAACAUGUUUGACCACUAUGACCUGCUGGAGGUGAUGGAAGGAACGGAGAAGCGCCCCGAGAACGACCCGGAGAAGAGCCCGUGGGUGCGGAAGAGCGCACAAGGCUAUCUCUUACUUGGGCAAGCGUUGGGGAGCAGUCAGAUCCGUCACAUCAAGCCAUUCCAGCGUGAACCAGAGAAAGGACCAAAGGCAUGGGCUGCUCUCAAGGGUGUACAUGCUCCUGCAACAGCGGCGGUAGCGGUGGUGUUGGAACGGCAAAUGGCGGCACUACGAAUUGAAGAAGACGAAGCGGUUGAAGAAGGGGUGCAGAAAUUCUUCGACUUGUUGACGCGGCUUGAGGGAGCUGAUUUGAACUACAGUGAGCUCCAAAAGAAGACCAAGUUGCUGGCCUUACUCCCAGAGUCAUGGUCCUCGCUCAUCAUCAACCUUAAUCGCGACUUGCCCCGCCUCUCGCUUGAAGACGUGAAGCGAGCUAUCCUUCAAGAGGAUUUCCGCCGCCGUGAGUUGGUGAGUGCGGAUGGCGCUGGGGCAGCGAGCAUCGGCCGUGGAUAUGGUCGAGGAAGAGGCAGAGGACGAGGGGGAGGAAGGUUUGGUGGCAGCAACUUCGGCGGAGGCCGCAGGAGUGGCGGUUACGGCAGCGACGACAAGAGCUACGGACGCGGUCGCGGCCAAUUCGACGGCGAGUGUCACUAUUGCCACAAGAGCGGACACAUGUGGCGCGACUGCUACGAACUCCCUGAUGGUUGGACCCCUGCUCAAGGCCAAGAGGGUAGAGGAGCAGGAGGAGGGAGAGGACGAGGCCGUGGAGGCCGUGGCGGUCGCGGUGGCGGAGCUGCAAACAUGAAGAGCGGAGACAACGACAAGGACCCGAGCGACGAUCGAUACCCGGGUCUAUUCUACUUCGUCAUGACACCUCGCCCGGACUUGCUCACCGAACUCGAGCCGUCACCGGUGAAGCAUGUCACAUCGGCUUUGGGGCAGCGAGCAGAGGUGAAAGGCAUGGGCAAGGCCAUGUUCAAGGGUGCUGAUGGGAAGAUGGUGGGCCUCAAGAACGUGCUUUGGGUGCCCAGCCUUGCUGCAAACCUGAUUUCCGUGCGGCGGUUGGCAAAGGCCGGCAUGGACACGAACUCGAAGGGAGCCAAGACCUACACCGCAAGGCUUGGCGAUCGAAUUCUUUGGGACCUUCAUGAGGACAGGGAUGUCUACAACGAGAUGUGGCAGAUCCCAGUGGUCCCUAUGCCUAAGGAGAGGCAAGUGGCAGCAAGCAUCAGCACCAAGGAUGGAGCGGUCGGUAGCGACGAUGGCGCGAACGGUCGCGCUAAGGAGAAUGAGCUCAAGAAGAGCAAACCUGGAGGGACCAGCAAGUUCAGUGAACCUAAGGAGAGUGGUGCAGCAACCAAGGAGCAGCAAAAGGGUGAGGAGAACCCAGAGGCAGCAGCGGAGGAGGACUACGGAGAGAGUAUGUGGGGCGCUAUUGCGAGCGCGGCAUUCUCCAAUCCAACUUCGGCUACGGGGGAGUGUGAUUGGCUCAUCUUGCAUCGGCGCAUGGGGCAUGUGGCCCUGCCCAUCUUGCAGCAGCUAGUGAAGAAUGAGAUGGUUGCUGGCAUACGUGUGAAGGGGGAGCCCGAUGAGGUGCUUGGCUGCCCGACGUGCAUUCAAGCCAAGUUCACCCGGUUUCCGUUCCCUAGUUCGGAGGCAACGGCAAAGGCACCGCUUGAUGAGGUGGUGAUGGACGUGGUGGGCCCCCUGAAGCUUGGAGCUGCUGGAGCUGAGUAUUUUCUCACCAUUGUCGACGUCUACACCCGCAUGACUUGGGUGUACGUGCUGGCCAAGAAGAGCGACGUGGCUGAAACGUUGAAGACGGAUUGGUUCCCGAUGGUGGAGCGGCAACAAGACCGUCUAGUCAAGUCAAUCCGCACCGAUCGAGGGGGAGAGUUCCUGAGCAAGGAGUUUGGGUUGUGGCUGAAGAAGAAUGGUAUUCGGCACUCCCUCACCAUGCCAUACUCCCCUGCAAUGAACGGCAUCGCCGAGCGAGCGAACCGCACAAUCACGGAGGCGGCACGCGGGUUGCUCAUUGAAGCCGGGCUACCCGACUAUUUCUGGCCUGAUGCGGUGCGGAGCGCGUGUGUGGCCAAGAACAGAGCCUUGACUCAUGUGGGAGCAGACAAAUGGGUGCCCUAUGUGGAGUGGAUUGGAAGGAAGCCAAAGGUGGAUAUGCUUCGGGUGUUCGGGUGCAUGUGUAUGGCGCUUGUGCCUAAGCAUCUUCGGCACAACAAGCUUGGUGCCAAAGCGAUUUGGGCCGUGCACUUUGGCAUGGCUCAAAACAGCAAGGGGUGGCUUCUUUGGGACCCAUUCACCAAGAAGUUCUUGGUGAGCAGGGACUGCAAGUUCAUGGAGAACUUCAUGUACAAGGAUUGGAAGGCGGAGAAUGAGGCGAAGAUAGGCGUGCGGUUUGGGGAGGUGAAGAGUUCUGGUUUGGAGCAUGUGGAGCUGCCUUUGGAGCUGAGCAGUGGCAGCACAACCACAAGGCAAUCCUCCCUUGUGAAUGGGGGAGAGGAGGCCAAUGAUGCAGAGGAAGAAGAGGAGGAGGUGCAGCAAGUGAGCGAGCGUGCACCGUCACUCCCUUCCCGUACUACGAGUGCUCCACGGAUUCGAGCCACACCGCAGCAACGCCAAGGCCUUCAAGUCCCUGCAGCUGAGGAGGAAGGAAGGGGGAAGAGGAGAGUUCAACCCCCUAAUAGGCUGACCUAUGAUGCGCCGGGAAAGCAGGGCAAGACAGCCCUGGCCGGAGCGGCAAUGAUGGUCGGAGACGACGAGGAGAGUGACUACGAGGAGUGUGCCUUCGCGUUCUUCUCUCCGGUGGAGAUGCCGGGAGAACCAGCAACUCUCAAGGAGGCUUUGGAGAGUAGUGAUGCUGAGGAGUGGAAGAAGGCCAUGGAGAGUGAGCUGAAGAGCAUCGAGGAGAAUGACACGUUUGAAUUGGUGGAGCUACCGGAGGGGCGUACGGCGAUAACGUCCAAGUGGCUCUUCAAAAUCAAGUCGGAUGCCGACGGCAAGAUCGAGCGCUACAAGUCUAGGCUUGUAGCCAAGGGGUACCAGCAGAAGGAGAAGGUGGACUUCAAGGAGCUGUUUGCCCCUGUGGUGAAGACGACGACGCUGCGAACCCUAUUCGCGGGAGCCGCCAUCAAAGGAUGGGUAGCAAAGCAAAUGGACAUCGUAACGGCAUUCCUUAACGGCAUCCUUGAGGAGGAGAUUUUUAUGGCGCAGCCAGAGGGGUUUGAUGAUGGUAGUGGCAGAGUGUGGAAGCUGAAGAAGGCCCUCUAUGGGCUGAAGCAGGCCCCUAGGCAAUGGUACAUGAAGCUGCGCGAAGUGUUGGAGGGGAUCGGCUUCACUCCCUCAACGGCCGAUCACUCCUUGUUCAUGCUUGGCGAGGGGGAGCAGAGGAGUUUCAUGGUGGUUUAUGUGGAUGACAUCCUCAUUUUCUCACCCUCUUCUGACCUUGUGAAGGAGGUGAUGCUGAAGCUUCAAGACAAGUUCAAGUGCAAGGCCCUUGGUGACGUGAGCUUCUACCUUGGGCUCCACAUCGAACGAGAUGUGGAGAAGCGGUGCAUGCGGGUGCAUCAACGAAAGUACCUGGAGGCAUUGGCUGCCAACUUUGGGCAGAGUGAAGGCCAUGUGGCUACACCCUUUCCCUCUGGGUUCAAGUGUGUGAAGGGACCAGAGGAGGAGAGCGUUGGUGAAGAGGAGAGGCGCCGAUUUCACUCGUUGGUGGGCAGCCUCAUGUAUGCGGCGGUAAACACCCGACCGGACGUCGCGUUUGCUACCGGGCAGCUGGCUAGGGUUGUGCAAUGCCCUAAUGAGGAGCAGGUAGCAGCUGGAAUGAGGGUGGCCAAGUAUCUUGGCCAAACACCGACCGUUGGGCUGCAAUACUCGGCGGCGGCACAAAGGCGCCAAAAGGGCGCGGAUGGUGUUGAACCCGGGCGUUUGUUCCUCACCGCCUACUCGGAUGCUUCAUAUGCAUCAGAACCAGAGGACAUGACAAGUUGA